GCGAAACGUAAGAAAAUGUACUUUGAAUUGCAACAGUACCACCCAGUGGACAUUUGUAGCCAUUGCAAUGCAAAGGCCCCGAAUAACCCCCGUCAGCUCGCUUGCACUGCACUCCCCCAAGUGUCCACCAGAUAGCGGUGCUGCUUCGGUCAAUUGUGACCUCUUGUUCCCGCGCGCGCGCGCGUCCACGUCGUCUGCUGGGCUGAGAUUAGUCGGGAUGUGCAUCGAGUGAGGAGCGGCACCAGUGCAAAUUAUUCUCUCGCGGGGCUUGCUUGAAGAGGAGGAUUGUUUGUUGUUUAUUUGCACGCGUCAACUUGAACGUUCCCGUGCGCGGAGGAGACCGGGAUGACGUCACGCGCCUUUCCAAGGGCCAGCUCUCGUCACCGCCCGAGGAUCCAGACCAUCUCCGCCAAGGAUGCACGUCUCUAGACCCGUCCCCUCGGUCUAGUCCGGCAGAAUACGCAUGCAGACUCUCGGCCUGGCGGGCGUCCCCGGCAGUCCAUCCGCGCUACAUCCUCCGGACCAUGGGUUGCAUCAAAUCCAAGAGGAGCGCUUCCCGCGCCGACAGUGAAGCGGCCAGGAUGCGCGGCGAGAAGGCCCACUUGGUGUGCUCCGAGGACGGUUCUCCUCGGGCCGACCCGGCGCUGUUGGACUAUGCCCAGAAACUCUCGGAGGAGAUCAUGGCCCGGGCCGUGGAGCAGUGGGCCGAGGUGGACCGCCGUUACGGCGACAUCCCGUACAUCGAGUGCGACGUGCCGUGACGAUGGAAGACCAAAUGUUUCCGAGACCAUGAUAUCCGAGUGGAAGAAGUGACUCGGGGCUUUUCCCUCUCAGGGGUCCCCCCCCACGUCGAAUCGCUGGCAUGUUGUUUGGACGCCUCCCCGACGGGGCUCCGCUAAAUCACGUCAUCACAGUCGCAGACGGUUAGCGCGUGCGCCUCAUCGUUCUGCGGUCCCGGUUUUGAGUCUCGGCUCAUCUUCCCACAUUCCGAAUACACUACACGGCCGCCGGAGUUUGAACAGCCGUUUGACGGCACGUGACCCGCAAUUGGCUGGCAAACAUUCCAGGGCGCGUCCCACUUUUCUUGCCAAAAGUCAUCUGAAGUUAACGGAAGACUCUAAAUCGUCCCCGGCUGGAAAUGAGACUCUUUCGCGCGACCAGUGCACCCGACUUUUUAAAAUGCGACGUGUCCGCUGCAUGCGCCACAGGCACGGGUCUUCUACAUUAAUUGCCAAGUGACAUUUGGUGUUUUGCGAAUGAAAUGCCCGUCUUCACCAGUGAAAAUCUAAGUUGUGCUUUUAGUGUCUUCACGGGUGACCAAAAUUAAAACGGAAUUGUAACUGAAAUGUUUUUCACUUCUGUCUGCGUUUGCAAUCAAAUCGAAUGGCUUUUUUGUGGGUCCCGUUUGAC